UCAAUAAUUAAUUAGCAAUCUCAGUUCCGCAAAUCUUAGCACUACAACACUCCCAUCACAUUAGAACUUGGCAAGAUAACAUUGUUAAGGAAAAACAACAAAGAAGUUGGUGAUUGUUUGGAUUUUGCAAAAAAAACAUGUUUUUCAGGCUAUAAUUGAAUAUAAGUCUGUUUUGCUACUGUCCUUGGUGCUAUAGAUGCGCAUUGUGAUGGAUCCAGAGCCUUUGGGCAUACCCUCUGCACCAGUUGUGUCCCCUCAGGAAUUGAAAAGAUGGGGAGAUGCCCCUACCUCUCAGCAUGCUAAAGUCGGCGUUCCUGGUGGUGCAAGAGGAUCGCAUAUUUCACCAUUUCUAUGUGACGAGAAUAUAAACCAUAAGUUGGUGCUAUGGGAAGGUGACAUAACUUGUUUACAAGUAGAUGCUAUAGUGAACUCUACGAAUGAAGCAAUGAAUGAUAAAAACCCAGUUAGUGAUAGUAUAUUACUCAGAGGAGGGCCCAGGUUAUAUGAAGAUAUCAAAUCGGAUAUUCGAGAAUGCAGAACUGGAGAAGUAAGAGUGACUCAAGGACAUGCUUUGCCAGCCCGUUACGUUAUACAUACCGUAGGACCCAAAUAUAAUAUUAAAUAUCAAACAGCUUCCGAGAAUACCCUCCAUAUGUGUUAUAGGAAUAUAUUUCAAAAAGCAAAAGAGAUGGGUCUCCAAUCAAUAGCGAUACCUGUGGUUAAUUCGCUUAAAAGAAAUUACCCUCCUGAUCAAGGUGCUCACAUAGCUUUACGCACUGUUCGUCGCUUUUUAGAGCGACACGGUAAUUCUUUCCACACUGUGAUAUUUGUUGUUGACAAAGUAGAUUUAGGUAUUUACGAAGUUUUGUUGCCUUUGUACUUCCCACGUUCUCAGCAAGAAGAGGACGCUGCAAGGUAUCAGUUGCCAAGUGAUAUUGGUGGGCCAGAAGGCGAACCCAUAAUGCCUGAUAGACAAAUUAGAAUUAUUGACAAUCCUCAGCAUACGUUACAUGCAGAUGAUGAAACUCUUUCGCUCUCACCACAUCUGGAGAUCACCCUUGGUGAUGCCGGUACUUUUGCUCAAAUGCAAGCCGAUCCUGACAGGCAACGCCUGUUAGGAGAGCGACCCAUAACAGAUCCUAUUGCUAACAUCAUUAUUCAGGAGCUGGAACAUCAGGAACGAUAUGAAAAGUUGCUACGGAGAUCCAAAACAGAAGACUUGACAGAAGUAUCCGGAAUCGGUUGCUUAUAUCAAUGCGGAGUCGACAGGCUAGGACGUCCAGUUGUUGUUUUUAUCGGAAAAUGGUUUCCCUUUAAUAAAAUCAAUUUGGAUAAGGCUCUUCUAUAUUUAAUAAACCUCUUGGACCCGAUAGUCAAAGGCGACUAUGUCAUCACUUAUUUCCACACCCUCACCUCCAGUAGUAAUUACCCCUCAUUCUCAUGGUUGAGGGAGGUUUAUAACAUCUUGCCAUAUAAGUACAAAAAGAACUUGAAAGCCUUUUAUGUUGUUCAUCCAACGUUUUGGACCAAGAUGAUGACAUGGUGGUUUACCACAUUUAUGGCUCCGGCUAUUAAACAGAAAGUCCACAGUCUCCCGGGAGUUGAAUAUUUGUAUUCAGUAAUGUCACCUGAUCAGCUGGAAAUUCCUGCUUUUAUAACUGAAUAUGAUAUGACUAUUAACGGAUUAAGGUAUUUCCAACCAGGUGCCACUACAUAAGAUCUACUGAAUUCCAGGACCCAUUCAAUUAAGUUAAGAGUGAGUUUAACAGAAAAUUAUUAAUCAUGUAGUAAACUAAAAUAUAGAGGCUGAUUUUGAGAACGGGACCCCUAUUAAUUAACAAUUAUUUUUAAACAUUUGACAGUCAAAAAAGAUGAAUUUAAUACUAUAAUACACUUAAAACAAAUGAUCUGCAGGGUAUCAGAUUUUAUGAUGCAUUGACAAAAAUCAGUUUCUAUUUGUUAGUCCAAUAGUAUUAUAUUACACAUCAGUGAUAUAUUGCAAUAUUUUCGCUAAAAAAAACUUUAAUGAAGAAAGUAUAUUAUAUGCUAAUAAUAGUGUGUGCCAAUAAAAGAUAAAAUGAUGUUUAAAACUAGAUAGCGCUGUAUUUUUUAAAUGUAUGUUUGGAUGCAUAUGACAAAAAAGAUGUAUAGAAAUCAUGUUAUAUUAGGUUAUGCAGGGUUGCAUACUGCUGUGCUAGGAUGUAGUAAGGAUCAAAAUAUUAAAUGAGUGCAGAAUUUAUAGAGAUUUAUUAAUGUUUCUAUUAAAGAUAUUUUUUAAUUGUUUUUCCCUUUUAGAAGUUCUGCAAUCAAUUACUAAUUUAUUACACAAGAUGUAUUUGUACCUUGAACAAAAAUACAUCUUGUACCCAUUUCAAAAAUCAUAGAAGUGUGACGCAAUUUAUAAAAAUCUUUUAAAGCAUAGAUACCUUAGGAUGGUUUAAUAUUUAAAAAAGGGUGUCCAUGAGAAUCCAUUGCAAUAAAAGAGAAUUUAACGUCCCGGCAAAUGAGUAUCAAAACCAUAAUAAAAAUAACGACAAUACACACUUCCAUCACCUUGCUAUAACCUAUAACCUCUUGUUUUAUGACUGUUGUUAAAUUGUAUUGAUAGACAAAUGAAAGUGAAAAGCACACCCUAUAAAAUUAAAAAAAAAAUUGACCCUACUUAAUAGGGUUGUUAAAAGUGCACGAACCUAGAAGAGUCUGUUUUACUGCACUUUUACUUCUAUUUCACCUCUCCGAAUUUAAAGUAUGUAAAUUUGACUAUUCUACGCUAGAGUUUUCUAAGAAAUAAAUCUUGUAUUAUGCAGAAUAUAUAAAAAUAUUUAUAUUAAAUGGAAGUAAUAGUUUAUUUUCUAAUGCAGGGUGAGUUAUCGUUGGCGUGAGCUGUUCAAAUCUUUUAUUAUUUCCCAGCAUUUAAUUAAAAUUUUCUUUUUCCUAAUCUCAGGUAAUAUAAAUACGUAUAGUUGGGAUUUUUAUCUUAUUAUCGAUGGCUGUUAUUUGGAUAGCUGGAUUGACUCUUUCAUUUUAUGCAGGUUGGCGUAUUUUCAAAUUUUUUAUACUCCUGUAUAAUAUGGAAGUAAUCCCUUACUAAAUACGCAAAUAAUAUAAACACAUUCUAGCUAUAAAAUUGUUAAAACAUUUUUAGGUAUAAUAUUUUAUAUCCGUGGGUUUUUUUUAUAUUCAAAUUUUAAUGUUAAUCUUAAAUUUGAUUGUAGAAAAUACUCCCUAAUGCUAUUUUAUAGUAUGGAAUGUUUCACAUUCCUUUAUUAUUACUACAUGAACUUAAAAGGAAUUGUUUAGGGUACCUCAUCGCAUAGAUAUAAUAUAUUAUAAAAGAAAUAUAUCAUGCUCAUAUACUUACAAGGUGUCAAUAGCACUUUGUACGUUAUGAAUAACUUUUAGUGCAAUUCGUCGCUGUAAUGCAUUAGACCAAAAGAGAUUAUCGUAAUUGUCUUUGCAUUGUUUAUGUUAGUAAUAGUUAUAAUUCAGUUUUAUUAUAUUAUUAUUUAAGGAUUUUUGCACGUUUAUAGUUAAUAAUAUUAUAAAUGUGUAAAAUGUAACUUUUACACUUAAUUAUAAGUAUUGUUUGUUAAAACUAUUUUCUUUAGUAUAAGUUAUAAACCGUACUAUUCUGUUUGGAUAGAUAACUUCCACAGGCAACUGACGUUUAUCAUGAAAUACUUCUGAAUUCAUCCUGUGUUAGUUACAGUUGCUAACGUUUCACUGAUCCAGUCCUUACACACAAAUCCAGAAGUGUUUUAUCAAAAGGUCACUAUUUAGUCUGCUAGUAUGAGAAUAUUUUUACUGGGUCUUCUCCCAAAUUAUAUGUAUUAACUAUUUUAAUAAUUUUAGUGUUCUGGAGAUAUAAAUUGUUAUUGCUAAUAAAAUUAUUACUUAUUAUAAUAAAA